AUGAACGAAUUAAUGAAUCCAUUAUUGGAUAAAGCCACAUAUAUUGAACCGUAUGGAUUACAGAUUGUCGGUAAUUUCACUUUGGCUUUUUUAAAUCUAUCACGUAAUUUAAUCAGUGUCGAUGGUUUCAAAGCACUGCAAGAAGCAGUAACUUAUCAAACUAAAAUAUUAAAUAGUGGAAAUUCAUCAACAAACUUUGGUACAGGAUUAUUAAAGCUGUUACUUGAUAAUAAUUUAAUUAGUGACGACUCUGAAAUACUGUCAACGAUCAAUGAGCUACUUGCACCAAGAGAUCCUUCAAUGAAAAGCGCAAACAGUGAAAAAUCAAUUGAAUCCGAAUUAUCCAGUUCCAAUAUAACAACUAAUUCAUAG